UUCGCCGACGAAUCUUUCGCAAGAUAGACUUCCGGAAUCGCAUUGCUCGAAUGGCGGACACCGUGGUUAUCGUUUCUGUCAAGUACAAUAGUUUUGAUUCUGUAAACUCAUGUAAUACUAGCGUAUCGGAUGUACUAGAGUGGAGAAAAAUCGGGUCGCGCGAAAAAUCGAAAUAUUUUACAUCUACUCGGUGACUACUUUAAUGAUCGGUAAAACGGUCGUGAGCACCGGUAUACCUGCAAGUUUUCGUUCUGUCAUACACACACAAGAUAAUAAUCACCAUUUCUAGCGGGAGGCACAAAAGGAGAGGAACUUGAAAUAUUUUUCAGAAAAUAUUACGAAAACACGAAAGGGCCCGUAAACUAUGCGAAUCAGAUGAUUCGAAGGACUUUGCGAAAAAGGGAAAUAUCGCAGAUUUGAGUUAGUUCCCAAUUCGUGUCGUUAUGACGUACCGAACUUCGUACACGCGAUCCUCCUUCAGUUCAAUUUUCCUUUCCUUGGAUUCGCAAAGAGAUAUUAAUUAUGUAUUUUUCAUCGUAUUAACAUCCUCUAUAUGAAUUCUGAACGUGACUGCGUGUAAUCUAAUAGAAUUACAAAAUACUCUGUGUUUCAUCUUAUUUACUUACGCCUAAUGAAUAUCGAAGCAAACACCAUAAUAUUUCAUAUAGUUAUGGAGGAUAGUAUGAGUGUAAAGUCUAUGGAAUCAGUGGCAACCAGCGAUGAAUAUGAAUUUGUGAGUGACAAAGGUACUACCAAGCAACAACAAACGUUACUUGAAGCACCGAUGUUAAAAAUUGCCAAUAACGGAAAUUUAGAAGAUUUGCAAAAUAAUCUUCGUGAGGUAUUAACGGAAGAUUCAAAAAUGGAGGGUAGAGAUUACAAAGUAGCAAAUCCUGGCCAACAAAAAGCUAAGAAAGUAGGACACAGCAAGUUUUAUGACGUUAGUUCCUGUAUAAAUGGUACAGAGAAGCAAGAUGUAAUGAAACCCGAUGAUUUCAUAGAGGAGGGUUUGUAUGUUUUAGAAUUAAACACAUUAUCGCAUGUUCAACAAGAAUGCACAAUUUUCAAUGGUGUUACAUAUCUGGGAGCCGCAGCAAUAAAUGCACCAAAAUCAGAAUGUGAAAUACAACGUAAUAUGAAUAUUUUAAAUGCCGAACAAUCUCUUAACCUGGGUAUUAAAAUUUCAGUCUCUGUACCAAGUAGUUCCCAAGGUUCUGUUGUUUUAUACGAUGCUGCCACUCAGCAACCAAUCGCCCAUUAUGAAGUACAACGAAUUUUAUUUUACGCGCGCGGAGAAAGUUCUGGACUAUGUGCUGCAUGUUUCGCUUUCACAUGGUCUCAUGGAGAUACUUUGGAAUCUGCCAUUUAUCAAUGUCAUGUUUUUCGAUGUAAUAUACCAGAAGCAGUUGGACAAGUGUCAGCUUGUUUCUCCAAAGCUUUUCACAGAAUACCACGAUCAAUGACAAAUUCUUUGACAGGGAGUGACUUUAAUAAUUAUAAUUCAGGCGGUGAAAAGGUUAAUUCUCGUGUAUUUAUUUUUGAAGUUACCAUGGAAGUUAAGGAGGAAGAUGGAAAAGGUGGGUUUAGUACUGUUCCUAAGGACAGGAAUUGUUUCAAAUUUCGGAGUAAUAUAGCAAAGCAAGUUUGUUUGAGUAUUCAACAAGUUUCCAGUAAGGAAGGAGGUAUUACUCUUGAGGUUGAAAGAUGUUUUGGUGUUCUUGUUAGCCCAGGACGUAAUGUGAAACAUAGUGAUAUGCGAUUACUUGAAAUGCAAGUUAGUACUGGUCCAAUAAUCCAGGAUCGAUGUUACAAUAUAUGUGGUCAGUGGGAUCCAGCUGAUCCAGCUUUGGAAACUCUUAAUAUAGAUACACCUAGAGAGGGCAAAAUAUUCAUGACAGUAGCAGUUGAUUUAGUUAUACGAGGUAUUAGGGAACCUGUCAGAUUCGUAAUCGAAACUCCUGUUAAAGUAUUUCCACAAAAUGAGAGAUUUUGGUACUUUAAUAAGAGAAAUUUAGUACAACAAUUUUAUCUUAACUCCAAAGAGAUUAUAUCUGGCGAUGGAAGUGAAGUUCAUUACGAGGUGCAAAGUAUAGAAACAUCAGGAGAAUUAGACAGAAAUAGAUUAAAUCUUGCUCUUAAUUUAGCUUCCUUAAUCAGAUCGCCUUCUUUGACUAGCAUUGACACUUUAACUCCUAAGGAGGAAAUAGAUUCAGAUGGAGAUGAGCCAAUGUUAAGCGGGACAGGAGAGGUAUCAAAAGAUUGUUCUGCAGGUGAAUUGGCAAGUUGGGGAGAAGUUUUAGACAGUUGGCAAAUUAAUGAGCAACGUCCGAAGCUUCUAAUAAAACUCACAAAACAAGGAAUUCCUGAAGCAUUGCGUGGUGAAGUAUGGCAACGUUUAAGUAAUUGUGAUAAUUCCCAGGAAAUGAUGGACAAGUAUAGAACACUGAUUACUAAGGAAAGUAGCUGCGAAAGUGUUAUAUUGAGGGACAUCAACAGAACAUUUCCAGCACAUGACUUCUUCAAAGAAACUGGUGGUUUAGGCCAAGAUUCUUUGUACAGAAUAAGUAAAGCUUAUGCAGUAUAUGAUGAAGAAGUUGGAUAUUGUCAGGGUUUAAGUUUUUUAGUUGCUAGCUUAUUGUUACAUAUGCCGGAAGAACAAGCCUUUUGUGUUCUGGUAAAAUUAAUGUACGAUUAUGGUUUACGAGAUUUAUACAAAGACAGAUUUGAUAAUCUUCACAUGAGAUUUUAUCAAUUGAAUCGUUUAAUAGAGGAUCAACUUCCCGAACUUUACAAACAUUUCUGCGAUCGUGGUGUUGAAACACAUAUGUUUGCAGCACAAUGGUUCUUGACUCUAUUUACAGCUAGAUUUCCAUUGUACCUUGUAUUCCACAUUCUAGAUGUUUUCCUUUUACAAGGACUCGACACUCUCUUCCAAGUAGCUCUCGCAUUGUUAAUGUUAUGCAAAAAGGAGUUAUUACAACUGGAUUUUGAAAGCAUUUUAAAGUACUUUAGAGUGCACUUACCUAAACGCUGCAGAAAUGAAGAAAUAUCACGUUAUGUAAUGAAACUGGCCUGUUCCGUUACAUUGAAGAAAUUGAAGAAAUACGAAGCAGAAUUCAUGACACUAAAAGAGGCUCAAGAAAAUGCAGAUGAAUACAGUAAUGAGGUGGAACAAUUAAGAGGUACAGUUGCAAGAAACGAGGAAGAAAAGCAGAGAUUGGAAGCAGAGCUUGCUCAAGUUAAAGAAAUGCUGCAGCGUGAGGUAACAAGAGCAGAUGCAGAGAGCCGUAGAAGUAAUAUUAUUAUUGCUGAGUAUAAACAGAUUUGUCAACGUUUGGAAGAUGACUAUAAUGCUGCAAAAGCAACUUUAAGUGAAUUACGGUCUAAGGUAUCAAGGUGUGACAAAUGUAGAACAUGCAUAAUGGAUUCAUCUAGUAUAUUAGCAGAUAUAGCACAUCCUUUAGAAAAUCGAAUUGACCCUAUGUUGCAUAGAGUACAAGAAAGAGUAAGAGAAUUAGAAUUAGAAUUGGCACAGACAAAAUUAGCACAUGUGGAAGCAGAAUGUAGAAAUCAGGAUUUGACACACCAAUUACAUGCAACUGCUUCUGAACUUCAAGCUGCAAGAAAUAGUUGGCCAUGGCUCAGUAAAACUUUAUCUAGUAUAAAAGAAGCAGCAAACAAGCGAGAUGUUAUAGGUCCUUCGUCAUUAAGAGAUUUAAGACGUGAAAGUACUCCAGGAGAUGACGUACAUCAUCAUAUAAUAAGUUCACGUAGCCGUGAUAGUCGUGAUAGUCUUAAGGAAAUGGUGUAAUAUGGUAAGUGAUCUUCUCACGACAUGUGCAAUUAUACUUGAAUAUUGCAUUUAAAAAUUAUGAUUAUUUCAAUGAAAACAUCACAAUAACAUGAUUUUUUUUAAGUAGGCCAAAGUAGUAGAAGAAAUGUAUAUAUAUGUGUAUAUGUAUAUGUGUAUGUGUGUGUGUAUGUAUAUGUAUAUAUAUGUAUAUAUAUAUAUAUAUAUAUAUAUAUAUAUAUAUAUAUGCUAAUAUUAUGAAAUUUAUUUGCUGCUGAUAUUGUGAAAUUUAUGUAUUCGUUAUAUUAAGAUAACGCAUGCAUAACGUACCUAUAACUAAUGCAGCUGUAUUAUCUCCUACACUAAUGUUGUAUUAAUUUUUUUAUUUUUAAGAAAUUAUUUUUUAAUAUGCACAUUUAUUUUUAUAAGUCCUUAACAUGUUAAAUAUUAACACUAAAAUUACAAUUUUUUUUAUUUUCCUUUUUUUUUCGUGAAAUUACAUAAAAAAGAGCAUGGUGCAAAUUUUCGAAUAGUUCUAAAUAUGGAGUUAUAAAUUACAGAGUUAGUCUAAUUGAAAUAUUAGUGCUUUUGUCCUUCAAUUUAUAGAAGUGACCAAGAUCUAAUGAGAAGAAAUCUAAAUAAGCAAAUAAUUAACUUUAGUCAAGUUUGCAUAAAUAAGUUUCAUUAUAAAAGUACAUAAAGAAUAACAUUGUGCAUGCAGACAAAAGAAACUAUUCACAAUAAUAAAUUAUGGAAACGAAAAUAUUUAUCCUAUGUUUUCUAUGAUAUUUAUUUAAAAUUCGAAAAGUGGAAAAUAAAAAUGUUGCGAGAAAUGUUCACUCAUAUGUAUGCAUAUAUUAUAUGUCUAAACUAAAAUAUAUAUACACACAAUUAUUUCUUGGGCUGUUAAGGAUAUUUAAAAGCAAAAAAGAAAAAGACAGAAAAGCUAUUUUUUGUUACAUUCAUGCCUUCUUUUUGCUAAUUAAUUUGGUAAUUAAUUUUAAUAAUAAUUGUAACACUAAUUGUAAUUACAUGAGGUAUCAAUGGAAUAGAUACCAGUUGAAUCUAAUGAGAUGACUUUUAAAAUCUUUACUUAUAUUAUUUAUCUUGUAAACAAUACGAGUGUUAUAUUUCUUUUCUUAAGCCAUAUAUAAUCUUUUCGGUCUUUUCUCUCUCGUUUUCUUUAAUAGUCUAAAAAGUAAUUGUCUAAUGUGGACAUAUAUGUAUAUAUACAUACUCGCUGAUUGAAUAGAAAAACUUACAUAUUUAUACAAUUGAUAUUUAACAUAUAAAUACUAAUGAAAAGAGAUUAAUCACUUAAUUUAUUUUUUGUACCGAUUGAUUUCAUACAUGUUAAAUUCACAUUCCAAAGCUUUAUGAAAGCAAUAUUAUAUUUAUUGUGUGUCAAUUAGUAUUAAGUAAAGGAAACUGGGGCAUUUAUAUGUUAAAAUAUUAAUAUAAAUAUCGUACGUUAAUAUAUUUUUCUAAAAAUUAUGGCAGUCGUUAUUUCCUUUUAUUUCAGAACGAAACAAAUUUCCAAAUAUCUUGUAAGCACUUCGAAAUAUAAAUUCAUUAAUAUCAUUUCAUAUCACGUGAACUUAAUAUAAUACAGACCACUCUGUGUGUCAUUGCAGUUUUAUAAAUAUAUGUACACAUGUAAUCCGAUCAUAAUAUAAAUUUUAAUGAUGAGAGUUUUUUAAUAAGAUCAGCCAUACAGUCUUACAAACGUGAUUUUACUAUAAAUCAUUCUCUCAAUUUUGCAGAUAUUCAUUUAAUAUUAUCAAAUAUAAUCUGGAAAAAUUAAGAUAUGUUAUCUAGAUCGGUAUGUUUCAUCCAGAUUUAAUUAUUUUAAGGAAAAUGCUAGAUACUUGAAGGAUCAAAGAAUCUUGCCACAACGCACUGAUAUUAAUGACAAAAUAUGCAAUAGAAAGAUCAAUAAAAUUAUAUAUGUAGCUUCUAAUGUUAUCUAUAUAAAAUAAUUGAACAUAUUUAAAGUGAUUUCAUAGAAUUCUCAAUUUGAGCUCGCGUCGAGGGUUAUACAAUUAGAAUGUUGACUAUAAAUCGAUGACAUAUUGUAAUAGUGAAUUUUAUCAAUAAUUAUACAAGUUAGUUUGAUUUCUAAAAAUUUCAGAUAGUAAAAAAAUGUUUGUAAUGAUACUGUAACUAUUUAAAUUCUUUUGUGCCAUUAUUUUGUAAUAUAUAAAUAUUGUUUUUUUUUUAUUUUUUUUAUUUUUUUUUAAUUCUAACUUCGUUAUCUUUAAUCUUAGUCUGAUGGAAUUUUCAGUUAUCAAUUUAGUUAUUAAUCUAGAAUCUCAUUAUAAAAUUGUGGAUAUUUGUUCUGUAAAUAUAAAAUAUAUAAUAUUGAAAAGAGAUGAAGUACCAUAAAAUUGUAGGAAUAUAAAAUGUCUUGGAACUUUGACAACAAACUAUGGAAGCAAGCAGAAAAAAUAAAAAGAAAAGUAUAAUACAAAGGUUAUUCCAAUUUAUAAAAUACUUUCGUAGUUUGGGUGAAAAGUUCUCUGCCUCCCUAUGUAUAUAUAAAUAAAUAAAUAUAUAUAUAUAUAGUGUGCGUGCGUGUAUGUGUGUAUAUAUAUAUAUACACACACACACACACAAACACACAUACUUGUAUUCGUAGGUAUAAUACGUGCAUGUAUACAUACGACAUACGACGUACAUACACUCACGUAUAUAAGCAUUUAUUUUAUCACUGUAAACCCUGUAACAUCAUAGCAAAAUUACUGAAAUAAAUAUCACAUCUCUGUACUA